UUUCGAAAAACUUCAGAUCGUCACCUCAGGGUCCCCGUGAAGAGCCAGCUAGCACGCGACACCCGACUCACGCGCCUCGCCCGUCCGAGCAUCACGCCUCCCUUACUCCUGCCGUCGUCUUCUCCACCAUCUCCCUCUGAAGCGACGCUGGCCGUGCCUCUGUCCAAUCGGUCACAAUCGCAGUCGCCCAGCGUGUCCCCCCUUGGCUUCUAAAACGACCAACAACCCUCAGGAGGCUCUCGAGCUCGACGAAUCCACAGUCCAUCCCCGACUUCCCUCCAAUUCCAUCCCCACGACCUCCUCCCUUACGAACCCCCCGAAAAAAAAAAACCAUGGAGGCCAGGACGUUAACUAGACCGGCCACCACGCUGGCGGCCCUCCUCCGCCAGCAGACCGCCGCCGUCUCCGCUCCCCCCCGGCGAGGCCACAAGACCUUCUCCCGCACGAAGCGCUCCCUCAACAUCCCUCCCCACCCCGACUUCCUCCCCGCGGCCCCGGCCGCCGGCGACACAAUCAUCUACAACCCGCCCUCGGCCGCCCCCUCCGUCUACCACACCCCCUUCAAGUUCCUUCCGCCGUCCGACCCCCGCCGCCGCGCCAACCUCUCCUCCCUCUUCGCCAACUCCUCAGCGGCGACAUCACAAACGACGCCGUCGUCGUCGGCCGCGAGGUCCCUCCCCCCGGCCCUUGACGUCCCUUCCCGCGGCCCCAAGCCGCGCUACCACCUCUCCCGCGAGGACGUCGCCGAGAUCCGCCGCCUCCGCGCCGAGGACCCGGGCUUCUGGAGCGUCACCGCCCUCGCCCGCAAGUUCGACUGCUCCGAGACCUUUAUUACCAUCUGCACCCCCGCGCCCCGCGAGCACAAGGAGCGCCUCGAGCGCAAGCUCGAAGGCGUCAAGAGCCGCUGGGGUGCCAUCCGCACCAAGGCCCGCGAGGACCGCGCCCGCCGCAAGGAGAUGCUCUUCCGCGGCGAGCUUUAAAGGCGAGGGGAGAGGAAGGGAUGAGACGGAACGGGGCCUUGGGCACGUCACGAAUAUAGGCCGUCUUGAAGAAAGAGAUGACCCAAGAUGCAAACAUCAAGGUAUGCCGCCAAAUCGGAGAAAGGUGUCUAAGUAUGUACCAAUACGGGACGAAAAAGGGGAGAGAGAGGUAUGGCACUUCCACUGUUUGUACCAUCACAUCGCAAUGAGUAUCAAAAAAGGGGGGGGUCGAGGUACUGUAGGAUAGAAGCAGGGCAUUUGCGGGUUGCCGAUGUGACUGAAACCCCACCCAAACAUCUGUACAAUGAGUAAAAGCUAUAGAA